GUCGAUUUAUGCCAAGCCGUCUUAGGCGUAUCCAUGACUUUGGGCAAAUUUAAUGGCCGGCUGGAAGUGCCGUCACCUCGUCCUCAAUUGAUUGGUCCAAGCCACAACGCCCACUUGCCCCGGGCCAGGCUAAAUUGUACGCCGCAGUCCCACGGAAGCGGCCAGUGCAUUCUUAAACCGGCCCUUGGCCCUCCACACCUCCACUGCGUUGGUAGACUUUUUGUCGCCGAGUUGGCGGCUGGACGUAUUCAAGCUGUAUUCCAGCUGGUACAGCAGACAGCCCAGCUACGGGUCCACUUCCCACCCUCCACUCUGCCUGCACAGAUAGACCCAGUCCAGCUUCCGCUCGCACCGACCCGAGUCGUCAGCCGGUCAGCCGGUUGUCAUCCCACCCGGAUCCGUCUCACAGUACCAAUGAAGUCACAGCUCGCUCUUGAAAAGCGGUACCACAACUCGACGAAGCAUCAACCGGUCGAUGGCUCCGCCUCGCCCAAUCUUCACCUGUCUUUUUGGUCGCUAGCCCGGCCUCUGGAAUCUCAGCCUGUAGGCUGGGGCGCCAAGCGACCGAGGCAAGAGAGACAAUUUGAUUUCCCACCCGGCUACUAA